GAGAGAGAAUGGUGAAUGAAGAAUGAAGAAUGAAUCAUCAUUAUUAUCAUGAGCAUCCGUUUAUCACCAAAUCACACAGAUACAGACAGAAAACAACACCUAGGAAAGAGACAGACAAAAAACCCAGAUCCUUGGAUCCCCAUUUCAACAACCUCUAUAUCUGACUCUUUCUCUUUCUAAAAACCAACAAAACAAUCACUUUCUCUCUUUAUAAACUCACAUUCCUUCAGCCCCUCUUUCUCUGCAUAGUGUGAAGGACAAGACACGUUCACAAAAGGGUUUCCUUUGAUUCACAGCAAAAUCCAUGCCCUCUGGUUCCUGAAUCCGCACUCUCUGCAAUGCCGUCAUCAUGGUUGUUUAGUCUUUUUGGGUAUUGGGUUUUUCUGGGGAUCUAUGUAUUUUAACUGAAAAGGGUGUGGUGUUGGUUGCAAUGUGGGUUGAAUUGGAACGUUUAUAGGGUUUCCAGUGGGUGAUAUUGUUGGAUCUUGACGGUAGAUGGCGCUGUUUCGGAAGUUCUUCUAUCGGAAGCCGCCAGACGGGCUCUUGGAGAUCUCUGAGAGGGUUUAUGUGUUUGAUUGCUGCUUUACCACGGAUGUUCUGGAAGAUGAGGAAUAUAAAGUUUACAUGGGAAGCAUAGUGGGUCAACUUCGUGAGCACUUCCCUGAUGCUUCAUUCAUGGUGUUCAACUUCCGAGAGGGAGACAGCCAAAGCCAGAUUUCUAGUAUUUUGUCUGAGUAUGAUAUGACUGUGAUGGAUUAUCCUCGACAUUAUGAGGGUUGCCCAUUACUCACAAUGGAGAUGAUCCAUCACUUUUUAAGAUCAAGCGAAAGCUGGCUCUCACUUGGGCAGCAGAAUGUACUCUUGAUGCAUUGUGAGCGAAGUGGGUGGCCAAUUUUGGCUUUCAUGUUAGCUGCCCUCUUGAUUUAUAGGAAGCAGUACACCGGGGAACAGAAAACUUUGGACAUGAUUUACAAGCAAGCACCUCGUGAGCUCUUGCAGCUGAUGUCUCCACUAAAUCCAUUGCCUUCCCAACUGAGGUACCUGCAGUAUGUAUCAAGAAGGAAUGUAGGCUCAGAGUGGCCUCCACUGGAUAGGGCACUUACGUUGGACUGUGUCAUUCUCAGAAUCAUUCCUAAUUUGGAUGGAGAGGGGGGUUGUCGUCCAAUAUUUAGGAUAUAUGGUCAGGAUCCUUUUAUGGUUGCUGAUCGGACUCCCAAAGUCCUGUUCUCGACCCCAAAGAGGAGCAAAACCGUUCGGCAUUACAAGCAGGAAGAUUGCGAGCUAGUUAAAAUUGACAUCCAUUGCCAUAUUCAAGGGGAUGUUGUGCUUGAGUGUAUUAGCUUGGAAGAAGAUAUGGAACGUGAAGAAAUGAUGUUUAGGGUCAUGUUUAACACAGCUUUCAUACGAUCAAAUAUUCUGAUGCUUAACCGUGAUGAAAUCGAUAUCUUAUGGAAUUCUAAGGAUCAAUUCCCUAAAGACUUCAGAGCAGAGGUUCUAUUUUCGGAGAUGGAUUCGGGUAAUUCCCUUAUUACAAUUGAUUUGGAAGGUGUUGAGGAGAAAGACGGUCUUCCUAUGGAAGCAUUUGCAAAAGUUCAAGAGAUCUUCAGCAAUGUUGAUUGGCUAGAUCCAAAGACAGAUGUGGCAUUCAAUGUGCUCCAGCAAAUCACUGCAUCAAAUGUUCUCCAGGAAUUGGAGACUGAUUCUGCUCAGAGUGGAGAAACUGUUGGUUUGUUGCAGGAAUUAAGUCCUGAAAAGGUUGAAGAUAAACCAAAACCUAAGGCAGCAGAAAACAAUAUCAGCAGUACCACAUCCAUGGCUUUGGGGAAACAACAUAUGACAUCAGCUAAACCAUCUGUAGAUGCAAAUUUGAUUAGAAGGAAGAUUGAUCCCCAAGAACUGCAGGUUGCACUUCAACGGCCUGCUCAAUCUAAGAUCAUAUCCCAGCGGAUACCUCAGACUCCUAUAUCUAAUCCAGUUUCAAACAGUAACUCCUUGCAAGGAUCACCUAUGCCUAUCUCAAGAUAUCAUAGUGCACCGUCAGCCCUUGGCAUUACAGCUCUGUUGCAUGAUCAUGCUGCACCUAUAGGUCAAGAAGUCACUCAAUCAGUCACAAUAUCUCCACUUUCUCCUGCUAUUUCAGUUCCUGUUUCACGUGUGACAAAACCUAUGCAGCCCUGUAUUGUUUCAAUUCCCCCAGCCCCACCUCCACCGCCCUCAUUGCAACCUUCUCUGGAGCCUCCUACAAGUAUGACUAAAAUUUCUGCUGCCCCUCCUCCUCCUCCUCCCCCUCCUCCUUGUGCUCCUCAACGAUCCCCUCUUACUUCAUCAGCUUCCGAACCAACUCGUUUUUUACUUACUAAACAGCCUGGAGCCUCCUUACAGGGAAGACAUCAGUCAUCACUGAUGCCUCCUCGACCACCACCACUACCACAUUCCUUUUCAGGGAAAUGUCAAUCUUCCACCGUCAAGAACUCCCCCUCCCCUCCCCCUCCUCCUCCCCCUCCUCAACGCUCUUGUUUUUCAGGGACUUCUACAUCUGCCACUGUCAAUAACUCAUUUUCAACUCCAGCUCCCCCUCCCCCUCCUCCUCCCCCUCCUCAACGCUCUUGUUUUUCAGGGACUUCUACAUCUACCACUGUCAAUAACUCAUUUUCAACUCCAGCUCCCCCUCCCCCUCCCCCUCCCCCUCCUCCACCCUGUGGGGUCACUCCAUCAGUUAGCUGCUUGCUUUCCUCAUCAUUGCAUAAGAUGAACUCGGUGGUUCCUGUUGGUCCUCCUCCACCUCCUCCACCUCCUUCAUGUUCUGGGUCUGCCUCAAGUCCCAACAUUACAUCUACAGCCCCACCAUCUCCUCCUCCCCCUGGUUUUAUGCCAAAGGAUUCUAGGUCCAAUAAUUUUCCACAUGCUCCACCACCUCCACCUGCUCCUUUUGGCAAAGGGUUAUCAAAAGCUUCUGGUGCCCAAGCUGCUGGCAGCAAUGGAAAUAUACCUCCAUUUCCUGGUCCACCUUCUGCUCAGUUUGGUGGAAAGGGUCGAGGCCUAUCACGAGCUGGUCCAAAAAUUCAGGCUCAACCCAAAAAGGCUUCUUUGAAGCCAUAUCAUUGGUUAAAGUUAACAAGGGCCAUGCAAGGGAGCUUAUGGGCAGAGACGCAACGACCUGAGGAAGCUUCCAAGGCUCCUGAGUUUGACAUGUCAGAACUAGAAAGUCUUUUCUCAACAGCUGUUCCAAAUUCGGAAAAUGGGGGCGUGGGUGGAAAAUCAAAUCGUCGUGCCUCAGGACCUAAAUCUGAGAAAGUCCAGCUGAUUGACCUUAGGCGAGCAUAUAACUGUGAAAUCAUGCUUACAAAAGUUAAGAUGCCAUUGCCUGAUUUGAUGAGCUCAGUCCUUGCCUUGGAUGAUUCAGCAUUAGAUGUUGAUCAAGUUGAUAACCUCAUAAAGUUCUGUCCAACAAAAGAAGAGAUGGAACUACUCAAGGGUUACAAUGGUGCCAAGGGAAACUUGGGAAAAUGUGAACAGUUUUUCUUAGAAUUAAUGAAAGUGCCACGGGUGGAGUCCAAGCUAAGAGUUUUCUCAUUUAAGAUACAAUUUCGUAUCCAGGUUUCUGACCUCAAAAAUAAUUUGAAUGUCGUAAAUUCAGCAUCUGAAGAGAUCAGGAAUUCGGUCAAAUUGAAAAGAAUCAUGCAAACUAUCCUUUCACUGGGAAAUGCUUUAAACCAUGGAACAGCAAGAGGUUCUGCUAUUGGAUUUCGAUUGGAUAGUCUCCUUAAACUCACUGAUACACGAGCCCGGAACAACAAGAUGACUCUCAUGAAUUAUCUUUGUAAGGUGCUUGCUGAAAAGCUACCAGAACUUCUAGAUUUUCCGAAAGACCUUUUGCAUUUGGAGGCCUCAACAAAGAUACAAUUGAAAUAUCUGGCAGAGGAAAUGCAAGCUAUUAGUAAAGGGCUUGAGAAAGUUGUCCAGGAACUGACUGCAUCAGAAAAUGAUGGUCCUGUGUCUGAAAACUUUUGCAAGACUUUAAAGGAGUUUCUUGUUUUUGCUGAGGCUGAAGUGAGGUCUUUAGCUUCACUUUAUUCUGGGGUGGGUAGAAAUGCAGAUGCAUUGGCUCUUUAUUUUGGAGAAGAUCCAGCUCGUUGCCCAUUUGAGCAAGUUGUUUCUACUCUUCUCAACUUUGUGAGAAUGUUUACACGGGCACAUGAGGAGAACUGCAAGCAGCUUGAAUUUGAGAGGAAGAAAGCACAGAAAGAAGCAGAAAGCGAGAAGAUUAAGAUUAAUCACAAACAGGAGUCUGAGCACUUGGUACGGACUUCCAUCAAGAGUGGAAACAUCAAAUAAUUCAAUGUUUUAGAAAACAUGUUUCAUCAAUCAAGACAAGCUGCUCUCCAAUAGAUAAUAUUUUACACAUCAUGGGCAAAACACUCCUUCAGAAGUGAGAACAUAAUAAACAGAAAAUGGCAUUACCAAGGAAUUGUCAAUUAGAAGGAGAAAAAUGACUCUUGUGAUGGCAAAAAUAAGUCACAACAUUAAGGAAAUCCAGAAGGUGGACUGAGCAACCAAACAUUACAGGACAGAUAAUUACACAGUUUUAAGGGAGAUGGCGGAGCUGGAAGUCAAGUCAUGUUCCAAGAUCCACUUUGUAAGAUAUGUAGGAAGAUUUUGUUGUAAAAAUAUCACUAAUAGCUUUGUUUUCCUUUUUUAUAUUUUAGUUUGUCUUGUUUCUUUGUUAUAUCAUUCCUUUGUGUACAUUUUUUUAAAGUUAAAUAGGGAUGUAAAUGUUGAUAAAUGAUUUCUAAUUGAGAGAUUAGCAGGAGCUGUCGUUCCUCGUUUUUUCAUCAGAAGAGAUUGAUGGUAUUACACCUUGUUCA